AUGCAUAACUGUUUGAUGGUGCAGGAACUUCUAUCCGAGAUUUUUCAACAUAUUUUCAGUGACCCCUACUCUGGCUAUCGGACAGAGGCCGAUAGAAGCAAUCUCUACCACGACAGAACUGCAUUAGGGACCCUCGCAGGACUAGCAAGAACGUGUAAAACCUUUCACGAACCUGCUCUGAACCGUUUGUGGCGGGCUCUGCCUUCCCUUAUCCCCUUGGUUCAAUGCCUUCCCCCCGACGCAUGGACAAUCAGUGAAUCAACGCUGAGCAUAACCAGGAGCAUAGAAGCGUCUGACUUCAAGCGGAUUCUCUUCUACAGUCCUAGAGUCAGAGUCAUUGGACAGGAAUAUAGCACAAGCUUGGAAUACUGGGAUACGGAAACACUGCGCAUGGAUACCCAGGUUCUCCCCGUCAUUUGGUCCCGAAAACCGAAUCCCGGGCCUCUCUUGCCACACCUUCUCGACUUCUGUCUGUCGAGCAGUGACUUCGUAGAUGCAGCAAUCUACCCUCGCCUUAUUGUCGGUCCAAAACUCCAUUCCGUUCGCAUUGAAGCACAUCUAGAACAAACCCCUUGGGACAACAUCACGGCGGUGCUCAACGAAGUGGUUCCCCAGUUGACAAGUUUCAUCAUUUUUGCUGAGGAUCUCGAUGAAGGCUUUAAAAUCCUGGAAGGUUCUCAAAAAGCUUUGAAGCUGUUCCCCUCCUUCCAUGGUCUAGAGAACCUCGGUAUUAGCCGCAUUCCUCUUACGCCGCAGGCACUCACUCUAGUCACGGAGCUCCCCAACCUACCCAUGCUUGAGAUCGCCAUAACGGACAGAGCCUUGCAGAUAUUUACGCUUUCUCAAGCCAGCAAAGACAAGGGCUUCCUUGCCCUCUCAAACUUGCGAGUAUACUCCAAAAGCUUGACGGCUUGCCAGAUGCUCCUUGAGCAGGUCAAGUCAAAGUCCCUUUACGGCUUGGAGGUCUUUCGAAGAGGGCAUCAUCAGUGGGAUCUGAAAUCCUUUUUUCGAUUCCUUUGUGAUCGUGAUCUCGGACAGAAGAUGCUCCUCCUGGGGGUGUCCCAAAGCCGACCCUGUAUGGACGUGAUAAGACACGAAGAGGUAUUCCACCUCCGCUCCGACACCUUUGAACCAUUAGCCUCAUUUGGAGAGUUGGUCGACGUUCAGAUCGACCCAUGCUCUUCCAUCGGUCUCACCGACGCAAGCCUUCUCAAAAUGGCGAAGUCCUGGCCCACAUUAUACAGACUCAGUUUCUAUGAGGCAACGAUGGACGAGGAGCCUAAAACCACCUUCUUUGGAUUCCAAUCUCUCAUCGCCCACUGUCCACUGCUUACGUACCUCACUCUCCGCAUCAAUGCCAAAACGAUACCAUCUUUUUCACAAUGUGGUGGAGACUAUCCUGUUGGCAAAACACUCCAGAAUGUGCACAUGUGCACCUCGCCUAUAGUGAACGCUGAAGCUGUUGCAGCUCACCUGACGCUGCUCUUGAAAGAUUGA